GAGUUGUCGGCUGGGAAAUGGCGGCCGCGGGCUUGGUCGCUGUGGCCACGGCUGCAGAGUACUCUGGCGCUGUAGCGUCGGGAGGUAACCUCUCCGGUGUUAACUGCGGCCCAAGCUCCGGAGCAGGUACUGGUCCUGGCCCGGGUUCGUGGAGCCGCUCCCUCGAUCGAGCGCUAGAGGAGGCGGCUGUGACCGGGGUGCUGAGCCUGAGCGGCCGGAAACUGAGGGAGUUUCCCCGGGGAGCGGCCAACCAUGACCUGACGGACACCACCCGGGCGGAUCUGUCACGAAAUCGCCUCUCAGAAAUUCCCAUAGAAGCAUGUCAUUUCGUUUCUCUUGAGAAUCUCAACUUAUACCAAAAUUGUAUUCGGUAUAUACCAGAAGCAAUUCUAAACCUACAAGCUCUAACAUUCUUAAAUAUUAGUCGGAACCAGCUGUCAACAUUGCCAGUACAUUUGUGUAAUUUACCAUUGAAAGUCUUAAUUGCUAGUAAUAACAAAUUGGUGUCACUUCCAGAAGAAAUUGGACAUCUCAGACAUUUAACAGAACUUGAUGUGAGCUGCAAUGAAAUUCAAACAAUACCUUCCCAAGUUGGUAAUUUGGAGGCCCUAAGAGAUCUUAACGUCAGAAGAAAUCACUUAUUACGUUUGCCUGAAGAGCUGGCAGAGUUGCCUUUGAUACGGUUCGACUUCUCCUGCAAUAAAAUUACAACAAUCCCCGUUUGUUAUCGGAACCUCAGGCACCUACAGAUGAUCACCCUAGAUAACAAUCCACUACAGUCUCCUCCUGCACAGAUAUGUAUAAAAGGCAAAGUCCACAUAUUUAAGUACCUGAACAUACAGGCUUGUAAGAUUGCUCCAGAUCUUCCAGAUUAUGAUAGGAGACCCUUGGGUUUUGGCUCCUGCCAUGAAGAAAUGUACUCAGGACGCCCUUAUGGAGCCCUUGAUUCAGGUUUCAAUAGUGUGGACAGUGGUGAUAAGAGAUGGUCAGGAAAUGAACCUACAGAUGAAUUUUCAGAUCUGCCUCUUCGAGUAGCAGAAAUUACUAAAGAACAAAGACUACGAAGAGAAAGCCAGUACCAGGAGAAUCGCAGCAGUUUAGUAGUAACAAAUGGUGGAGUGGAACAUGAUCUGGAUCAGAUCGACUACAUCGACAGCUGUACUGCAGAGGAGGAAGAAGAUGAGAUGAGACAGCCCAAGGGCCUGGACUCAGACAGCCUCAGUUCCCAGUUUAUGGCAUAUAUUGAACAACGGCGAAUCUCUCAUGAGGGUUCACCCAUAAAGCCAGUACCUCUGAGAGAGUUUCAAAAAACAGAAGACAUGAGAAGAUAUUCACAUCAAAACAGGGUUUCAUCUGAGCCAUCUUCUCUCAUGUCACUGUCACCAAGUCACAGUCAGUUAUCACAUGCAGACUUGGAAAUUCUUCGGAGAAGAGAACAAUUAGUAGAGCGUACUCGGAGAGAGGCACAGCUUGCGGCCCUACAGUAUGAGGAAGAGAAAAUAAGGACCAAGCAAAUUCAAAGAGAUGCUGUCCUGGACUUUGUCAAGCACAAAGCAUCACAAAGUCCACAAAAACAGCAAUCCCCCUUAGAUGGUGAGUGUCCCUUCCCAUCCAGAAGGUCUCAGCACACUGAUGAUAGUGCCUUGUUAGUGUCGCUGUCAGGGUUGAAUGAAGUGGGCUGUGCUGCUACCCUGCCUCAUUCUUCUGCCUUCAUGCUUCUUAAGAACGAUGACAGAUCUAAUACCAUAUCAAGUUCACCUACAACAGAAACAGUUCAUCAUUCCCCUGCAUAUUCUUUUCCUGCUGCUAUUCAGAGAAACCAGGCCCAGCGCCCUGAAAGCUUCCUUUACCGAGCAGCUGUCAGGGCAGAAGCAAAUAAAGGUCAUGCUUCACCCCUUCUUUCAUCUUCUGCACCUCCCACUGACUCUGCAGAUCCCAUAACAAGACCCAAUUCAAGACAGAGAGAAGAAGAGCUGGAAUUAAUGGAUCAACUACGGAAACAUAUUGAGUACCGGUUGAAAGUAUCACUGCCUUGUGAUCUGGGAGCAGCUCUAACCGAUGGUGUUGUUCUUUGCCAUUUGGCCAAUCAUGUGCGGCCUCGAUCUGUCCCAAGCAUCCAUGUCCCUUCACCAGCUGUACCUAAAUUAACAAUGGCAAAAUGCAGGCGGAAUGUGGAGAAUUUCCUAGAAGCUUGCAGAAAAAUUGGUGUACCUCAGGAGCAAUUAUGUUUGCCUCUCCACAUUUUAGAAGAGAAAGGUUUGAGCCAGGUUGCGGUGACGGUCCAGGCUCUCCUGGCACUUGCCCCCCCCAAGCAGCAGCACCCGUCAUCUGCUGUGUAAGGACCCCCAGCACCUGGGCGUUGGCCUGGCCAAACCGGAGCAGGACGCGAUUGCUGCUGCCAGCCGUCUGCUUAAACAAAGCUCUUAAGUGUUCUUAAAAAGGACUGUUUCCAUGAUUCCUAACAGGAAUAUUUUGCUUCAUGCCUCCAUUUUAGGGGAGGUUAUAUUCGUUUCCAUUGAACUGUUUAGGAAGACACGGUUGGUUUUCACAAAUGAAACUUAAUUCUGUCAUUACUGAGAACGCAACACUGAAGCCUAAACUGGCUGUGCUUUCCUAGACAGUAGGCUUGUCUCACAUACCAGAAAGAAACUCCUCAAAAGGCUAUUUAGCUCCCCUGAAAGCACAGACAUGCUAUUAUCUUUACCCAUUUCCUGUUUCUGGAGUCCUCUGGUUUCCAAACUGGUUGUUCAUUAGAAUCUCCUGGAGCAUUUGUUAAAAUGCAGAGUCUCAUUUGGUAGGUCUAAAGCGAGGCCUGGGUAUCUGCAUUUUCAACAGAUGUGGUAGAGACCACUGUCUCAAGCUAGAUAUUUGUAUGAUGUGGGGAGUAAUGACUCCACUCUAUCAGCCACAUUUAAAAUCAGAAGCUAUAUAUUAAGAUUAUUUGGACUGUCUG